AGUUUCAUCUCAUUGAACUUUCGCCCCUUUCUGAUUUUGCACAUCUAUUUGAUAAAGAAAUCUUGAUCUUAUAAACUAAGAUCGCUAGUAAUACAAAGCUUAUUCCUCUAAUGUUGAAAUGUUGACAAUAAGAGAGAGUACGUAAGAAAGUGUUUUGACGAAACAAGUUAAAUAGUUUAGAAAGCCUUUCUGUUUAAGUAAAUUUUGUUGUAGAAUCUAUUAGAGAAAAGCUCAUGUACUGGUAAUUUGAACUAACCCUUAUUACGUGCACAGUCUUGGGGACAGCCUUUCUGAAACUACUCUUUCAACUAGGAAGAAGGGGAUGCAAAGAAUGGAGCAAUGAAUAUCUUGGAAACGCCCUUUGGCGGUUUUGUUUUCUGUUGUUGUGCAAAAUGUGAUGAGUUUAAAGUUCAUCUUAUUCAUUAUGAGGAGUUUCAUCUUAUUAAACUUUCGCCCCUUUCUGAUUUUGCACAAAAGAAGAGUACUGUAAUAAAACUAGUGUGUUUUGUUAGUUUAUACCUGUCUUUUAUCAAUGCCGAUUAUAAAGUUUAUAGCAAGAGCAUUUGAUAGUAGUAGCUUUAUCGCUAAUCGGCAAGAUUUUUUCGUGUGCUGCCAAAUUCAAGCGUAUGUAUAUGAUGAAAUAUUCAUUUUCUGUCAUCUCUUCUGAAUGCGGUGUAGAAUGAUUUAUGCUGAUGCAUGCACGUAGCCUUGUUUCUUCGCUCUUGUUUUGGUAUUUUUAAACGUAAGGUUAACUUAUUUUUAGAUUGCCUUUGCUCGUAUUGAAGGUGAUCAUAUUAUUUCAACAGCCUAUGCUCAUGAAUUACCUCGUUAUGGCGUUAAAUUGGGUUUAACGAAUUAUGCAGCCGCUUACUGUACUGGUUUACUAUUAGCACGACGUACGUUACAAAAAUAUAAAUUAGAUGAGAUUUAUUUGGGAACAAAAGAUGUGACUGGUGCUAAAUUUGAAAAUGAAGCCGUCGAAGGAAAGAGCAGACCGUUUCGAUGCUAUUUGGAUGUUGGGUUAGCACGAACGAGCACGGGAGCAAAAAUAUUUGGAGCAUUGAAAGGUGCUGUCGAUGGUGGGCUCGAUAUUCCGCAUAGGUAGGAUUACAUCUGUAUCUGUGUAUAGCUUGUGAUGAAAUGAUGUGCAAAAUGUGAUGAGUUUAAAGUUCAUCUUAUUCAUUAUGAGGAGUUUCAUCUUAUUGAACUUUCGCCCCUUUCUGAUUUUGCAUAUCUAUAUGAUAAAGAAAUCUUGGUCUUACAAACAAAAAUCGCUCGUAAUAUAAAGCAUUUUCCUCUAAUAUAGAGGUGGGCGAGUACACAUUUUUUCGAGUAUGAGUAUGAGUACGAGUAGAAAACAGUUUUACUCCAGUGUGUACUCCUGUACUAGUUUUUUUUAAACCUAAGGAUUGUUAUCCGAAAACGUUCUGUGUGAUGAUCAGUCAGUCUGUUCGGAAUACCUUUUUUUCUGGUUAAACAGGUUUUCAUCAGAGUACUUUAUCGAGUACGCAUUGAAAAGUCUCGAGAACGCAUACCUAAACAUUUGUAUUCGAGUAUACUCGAGUCGUACUCGCCCAUCUCUGCUCGGAUGUUAAGAUUUUGACAAUAACCGAGAGUAUUCAAGAAAACGUUUUGACGAAACAAGUUAAAUAGUUUAGAAAGCCUUUCUGUUUAAGUAAAUUUUGUUGUAAAAUCUAUUAGAGAAAAGCUCAUGUACUGGUAAUUUGAACUAACCCUUAUUACGUGCACAGUCUUGGGGACAGCCUUUCUGAAACUACUCUUUCAACUAGGAAGAAGGGGAUGCAAAGAAUGGAGCAAUGAAUAUCUUGGAAACGCUCUUUGGCGGUUUUGUUUUCUGUUGUUGUGCAAAAUGUGAUGAGUUUAAAGUUCAUCUUAUUCAUUAUGAGGAGUUUCAUCUUAUUGAACUUUCGCCCCUUUCUGAUUUUGCACAUUUACGUACACGGGAACAGUGGUCAGUAUAACCGUCCCUAAUAUCUUGAA